AUGGCCCUUUCAAAGGAAUAUACCAAUGAAGAACUAAACUACUUCAGAAUCUGUAAAGUUACCACCGAUAUACUAGCUGAGGGUCUGAGAGUAAUUUUUAAACAAGAAUGGGACAAUCGAUACAAGUCAUCUCUAUUUGGAGAAUGGAAAGAUGACCCUCAGAAUGGAAGGGACUUUCACAACAAGGAGUCUCCACCAAGCAAGAAAAGGAAUGGUCGUCUUUUGGCCACCAUGCUAAACGGAGAUAGAAGGGAAUGGGACUGUACGAUGCUAUUUUACGCCAUUCUUUUUUCCGACUGUGUUGGCAAAGGCAUUUGCGCAUCAGUCAGGACAAAUGUGGACGAUCUUAGAAAAUUUAGGAAUGAAGAAUUUGCUCACAUAACACAAGGCAAUCUCUCUGACAAAGAUUUUCACAUCGCCAUUAGCAAAGUUCACAUUGCUUUUCAAGCGCUUGGUCUACCUACUGCACAAAUUCAGGACAUAAAAAAUCAGAAAGCCUUUCCCACGGAAGAGUUGCGAAAGAUUCAGAAACAGGUUGACGACCUGAAACGGGAACUUCAAGAAACGGAGAAUAAGAAAACAGUUCUUGAACAUCAGCUCCAGAAAGAAGCACCCUCAUUCUGCAUUCUUCCACCCAAACCCUCUCACGAAGUUGGAGGUCGUGAUCGUCAGGUCGCUAAGAUAACCCAACAACUGAGGGAGCUUAAAGAGGCUAAUGAUAACAGGUUAAGUUAUCUAUACAUCUCAGGAAAUCCUGGAAGUGGCAAAUCGCAGCUAGCUGGCCUUGUAGCUCAGAAUUUCUUUGAUGAAGCCAAAAAAAUACAAGACACUACUUCACUUGUGAUGACCUUAAAUGCAGGAAAUCUAGAUUCACUCUUGGAAUCAUACACCUCCUUUGCUCGUCAAUUGAAGUGCCCGGAACACUUGGUCAUGGAAGUUCUGACCUCCAAGGAUUGGAAGGUUGAGGAGAAAAUCACCCAGCUUAAGAUGAUUGUUGCCGAGAAAAUCAACCUGUACACGUCGUGGCUAAUAGUGGUUGACAACGUCACUAGCGUGUCUUCUAUCUUUAAUUUUCUGCCAAACUCUGGACACAAUGCAUGGAAAAAGGGUCAGAUGUUAAUUACAACACAGGAUACAGAGUCUAUUCCCUCAACAAACUCUUUUAGUUGUCAUAUAUCAGUAAGCAAAGGUAUGGAGCCCAAAGACGCCAUUUUCUUGUUGUCAAAGCUUUCAGGUAUCGCCUACAGCGAACUUGAAGAGAACGUUGCAGAAAAACUGGACUAUCAGCCCCUCGCUUUAGCAAGUGCUGCUAUCUUUGUUAAAGAGAUUCGUCAGACCAAAUUUUUGAAAAAUUUUGGCUGGAGUGAAUUUUUGAAGAAAUUAGACGAAGGCAAAAGAAGCACUACCGAGGAUAAUCUUGCUAAUACCAACCCAAUUUACCCAAGCACUAUGACUAAAGCGAUAACGUUAGCAGUCGAAUCGCAGAUUAAGUCCGACAGAGUUGUCAAACAACUAUUCAAUUUCCUUUCUCUGUGUGCACCUCAACCAUUAAACCUGAGCUUAGCAAUCAAUUACAUUAGGAAAGCCGUAGAUGCAACAGACAAUGAACUUAUUUGCUUGAGGAUCAGAAGGUGCUCACUGUUGAUUUUUGAAGAGGACGAGGCUGGCUGCCGCGUUCGAGUACAUCAGGUUGUACAUAAUGCUAUCAAAACUUUAAUAAAUGCGUAUGGAGAGAGUCCAAAGCCCGAGGUCGUCAAUAGGGCUGUUGCCACAUUAAACCAGUUCAUAAUCGAAAUCUCACCAGAGAAUAGGACACUGGAUGCGAUGCACAUUGUGCCGCAUUUAAAAGCUAUAGCUGAUCAUGUGUUUUUGAAAGGAAGGGUAUCUCAAGUUUAUUAUGAAAGCAUCUUAAAAACAUUUGAAAACUUUGGUCUGACUUGUCAAGCGCAUUGUGAAUUUAACGUUGCAAAAAGGUUCUUCAAUCUGUUAGCUGGUGUCCAGAUUAAAGAACUUGGAGCUGAGCAUGUUUAUGUCGCAACGACGUACGAUAACCUAGGUCUAAUUCACCAAGUCCUAGGUGACUUUAAGCAAGCCAAGGAGUAUCAUCAACGUGCUUUUGCCAUCAGACUUGAGAAGCUCGGCGCCAAACAUGUUGAUGUUGCAACGACGUACAAUUACCUAGGUCUAAUCCACCAACACCUAGGUGACUUUGAGCAAGCCAAGAAGCAUCAUCAACUUGCUUUAGCCAUUAUACUUGAGAAGCUCGGCGACAAACAUGUUCAUGUUGCAACGACGUACGAUAACCUAGGUAGAAUUCACGGUAAACUAGGUGACUUUCAGCAAGCCAAGAAGCAUCAUCAACUUGCUUUAGCCAUUAGACUUGAGAAGCUCGGCGCCAACCAUGUUGAUGUUGCAACGACGUACAAUAACCUAAGUCUAGUCCACGAAUACCUAGGUGACUUUGAGCAAGCCAAGGAGUACUAUCUAAGUGCUUUAACCAUCUAUUUAGAGAAACUUGGUGCCGAACAUGUUUAUGUUGCAACGACGUACGAUAACCUAGGUGGAAUUCACGGUAAACUAGGUGACUUUCAGCAAGCCAAGAAGUAUCAUCAACUUGCUUUAGCCAUCACACUUGAGAAGCUCGGCGCCAAACAUGUUGAUGUUGCAACGACGUACAAUAACCUAGGUCUAAUCCACCAACACCUAGGUGACUUUGAGCAAGCCAAGAAGCAUCAUCAACUUGCUUUAGCCAUCAGACUUGAGAAGCUCGGCGCCAACCAUGUUGAUGUUGCAACGACGUACAAUAACCUAGGUCUAAUCCACCAACACCUAGGUGACUUUGAGCAAGCUAAGAAGCAUCAUCAACUUGCUUUAGCCAUUAGUCUUGAGAAGCUCGGCGACAAACAUGUUGAUGUUGCAACGACGUACGAUAACCUAGGUCUAAUCCACCAACACCUAGGUGACUUUCAGCAAGCCAAGAAGCAUCAUCAACUUGCUUUAGCCAUUAGUCUUGAGAAGCUCGGCGCCAACCAUGUUGAUGUUGCAACGACGUACAAUAACCUAAGUCUAAUCCACGAAUACCUAGGUGACUUUGAGCAAGCCAAGGAGUACUAUCUAAGUGCUUUAACCAUCUAUUUAGAGAAACUUGGUGCCGAACAUGUUUAUGUUGCAACGACGUACGAUAACCUAGGUAGAAUUCACGGUAAACUAGGUGACUUUCAGCAAGCCAAGAAGCAUCAUCAACUUGCUUUAGCCAUUAGACUUGAGAAGCUCGGCGCCAACCAUGUUGAUGUUGCAACGACGUACGAUAACCUAGGUAGAAUUCACGGUAAACUAGGUGACUUUCAGCAAGCCAAGAAGCAUCAUCAACUUGCUUUAGCCAUUAGACUUGAGAAGCUCGGCGCCAACCAUGUUGAUGUUGCAACGGCGUACGAUAACCUGGGUAGAAUUCACGGUAAACUAGGUGACUUUCAGCAAGCCAAGAAGCAUCAUCAACUUGCUUUAGCCAUUAGACUUGAGAAGCUCGGCGCCAACCAUGUUGAUGUUGCAACGACGUACAAUAACCUAAGUCUAGUCCACGAAUACCUAGGUGACUUUGAGCAAGCCAAGGAGUACUAUCUAAGUGCUUUAACCAUCUAUUUAGAGAAACUUGGUGCCGAACAUGUUUAUGUUGCAACGACGUACGAUAACCUAGGUGGAAUUCACGGUAAACUAGGUGACUUUCAGCAAGCCAAGAAGCAUCAUCAACUUGCUUUAGCCAUCAGACUUGAGAAGCUCGGCGCCAAACAUGUUGAUGUUGCAACGACGUACAAUAACCUAGGUCUAAUCCACCAACACCUAGGUGACUUUGAGCAAGCCAAGAAGCAUUAUCAACUUGCUUUAGCCAUCAGACUUGAGAAGCUCGGCGCCAAACAUGUUGAUGUUGCAACGACGUACAAUAACCUAGGUCUAAUCCACCAACACCUAGGUGACUUUGAGCAAGCCAAGAAGCAUCAUCAACUUGCUUUAGCCAUUAGACUUGAGAAGCUCGACGACAAACAUGUUCAUGUUGCAACGACGUACGAUAACCUAGGUAGAAUUCACGGUAAACUAGGUGACUUUCAGCAAGCCAAGAAGCAUCAUCAACUUGCUUUAGCCAUUAGACUUGAGAAGCUCGGCGACAAACAUGUUCAUGUUGCAACGACGUACGAUAACCUA